AUGCGAAUCCGAUAUCCUUUCGCGGGCGCCUUUCUCUUCCUCCUCAUCCUCGCCGCCUACAUCGGGCUGCUCCCCCACAGCACAUCACCCACCAUCCCGUCCCAACUCCAACCCAAUGACAAGUUCCUCCACGUCGUCACCUUCUUCCUCCUGACCCUGGUCUUCUACUGGGUCUUCGACACCACCCGCCGCCGCACCCUGCACCUCACCCUGCUCGUCUGCACGCUGAUCCUCGGCAUCGGCUCCGAGAUCGUCCAGGGCAUCCUCCCCAACGGCCGCGCCUUCGACCCCUUCGACCUCCUCGCCAACAUCGUCGGCAGUCUCGGCGCCGUUGGGCUCUGCAGCUGGUACCACCGCCGCAUGCUGAGUCGUCGCCGCAAGGCCCGCUUCGGCUCCCUCGGCGGUGACGGCGCCGACAACGAUGUCGAAUUGGGCCAUCUCCAUGAUGACGAGGAGGAGGGUCUCGGGCCGCAGGAGUCGGGUGUCAUGAAUCUCGAACAGGAGGUCGAUAAUUGGGAUGAAAAUGCCGUCGAUAAUUGGGAUACCGAGGAUGGACCGGAUGAUUUGGCUGGGGCGGCGGCGGCGGAGGACUCGAAACGCUCAUCGCCGGGUGAGGCGGGACUUCAUGGAUCGGAUGGGAAGAAGCGGAGUGAUUGA